AUGCAGGACGACUUCGAUAUCGGCAGCGUCGGCGCCAACGACACCGAUCUGGUCACCGACGAGACCGGGCCGCAGGAGCCUAGCAACGGGGGAGCCAGCGGCGGACCACCCAGGGUGCGGAUUGGGAGGUUCCCGGUCUGCCCCGAGAGCAUGAGGGAGUACAUACCCUGCCUCGACAACGAGGAGGAGAUCAAACGGCUGCCCUCGACGGAGCGUGGGGAGCGGUUUGAGCGGCACUGCCCUGCCAAGGACAAGGGUCUCAGCUGCCUCGUCCCGGCGCCCAACGGGUACAAGGCGCCCAUCCCCUGGCCUCGGAGCAGAGAUGAGGUCUGGUUUAGCAAUGUGCCUCACACAAGAUUGGUUGAUGACAAAGGAGGACAGAAUUGGAUCACCAAGGUCAAAGAUAAGUUCAGAUUUCCUGGAGGCGGAACUCAAUUCAUUCAUGGAGCAAAUCAAUACCUAGACCAGAUUUCCCAGAUGGUACCAAAUGUUGCAUUUGGAUCUCAUACUAGAGUUGUCCUGGAUGUUGGCUGUGGAGUAGCAAGUUUUGGUGCAUAUUUACUUUCACGUGAUGUCCUAACAUUGUCCAUAGCUCCAAAAGAUGUUCAUGAAAAUCAGAUACAGUUUGCUCUUGAACGUGGUGUGCCUGCAAUGGUAGCAGCAUUUGCAACGCGCCGAUUAUUAUAUCCAAGCCAAGCAUUUGACAUAAUCCAUUGCUCACGCUGCCGAAUAAAUUGGACUCGUGACGAUGGUAUCCUGCUCCUGGAGGUUAAUAGAUUGCUUAGAGCUGGAGGCUACUUUGCUUGGGCAGCUCAACCUGUUUAUAAGCAUGAAGAGGCCCAACAAGAGGCAUGGAAAGAGAUGGAAGACCUCACUACCCGACUUUGUUGGGAGCUUGUGAAGAAAGAGGGAUAUAUUGCUAUGUGGAGGAAACCCUUAAAUAACUCUUGCUACAUGAACCGUGGUCCUGCAGUCAAACCUCCACUUUGUGAUGCUGAUGAUAACCCAGAUGAUGUCUGGUAUGUUAGUCUGAAAGCAUGUAUUAGUCGGCUUCCAGAGAAUGCUGAAGCACCAACUCCUCUUCAAUGGCCUGCACGCUUAAUGGAGCCACCAAAGAGGCUUCAAGGUGUUGAAAUGGAUGCCUACUCAUCAAAGAAUGAGCUUUUCAAAGCAGAAACAAAAUUUUGGGAGGACAUAAUUGACGGUUAUAUCCGUGUCUUCAAGUGGAGGAAGUUCAAACUCCGAAAUAUAAUGGACAUGAGAGCUGGAUUUGGAGGGUUUGCAGCUGCAUUGAUCAGCCGGAAACUUGAUUGGUGGGUGAUGAAUGUUGUUCCUGUUAGUGAGCCAAAUACAUUACCUGUAAUUUUUGAUCGGGGGCUUCUUGGAGUAGCUCAUGACUGGUGUGAGCCCUUUGAUACAUACCCUAGGACGUAUGAUCUGCUGCAUGCAUCUGGUCUUUUCUCAAAGGAGCAGAAAAGGUGUAAUAUCUCUAGCAUCUUGCUGGAGAUGGACCGGAUACUCAGACCAGGUGGUAAAGCAUAUAUUCGUGACCGGAAAGAAGUUAUACAGGAGAUCAAAGAAAUAACGAAUGCCAUGGGGUGGCGUGGUACUAUACGUGACACUGCCGAAGGCGCAUACGCCUAG